AUGAUUCUACGGCGAUUAAUCCUGGCGCUGCAAGCCCUAGCAAUGCGAACAGCCAAGUCACCAGACUUUUCUUUCAUCUCGCUGCUUCGCAGCAAGCGCCUGUCGUUCUAUGUCGCCCUCUCCAGCAUUAGCGGCUUCCUCAUCCUUUCCUUCCUCGUCUCUUCACCCACAUACGGUCGCUUACGCUUCCAAUAUGAUUCAUUCAUCUCGCUUUCGGCGGUUAGUAGCAGCAACCCAGCAGCCAUGGCGGCUGGGACGAUGUCGAUCGGAGAGCUCACAGAAGACGGAUACUUCCCGCCAUGUCCGUCCAACUGGACUCACCACAUCCCGUGCUACGAUCCAAACAUCGCCGUCCACUUUCCCUUCGCAGACAACGUUUUCCGCGAGCGACACUGCCCGCCUCCUUCAGCCCGCCCGCGCUGCCUGAUUCCCCCUCCCCCCGGCUACCAGCGCGCGCCCCCCUGGCCGGAUAGCCUAUGGAGCGUGUGGCGGAACAACGUACCGCACUCUAAGAUGCUCAAGGACCCGCGGAACGUCCUGUGGAUGGAGCUACGUGGCAACACAUGGCAUUUCCCGCACGCUUUGACAGCUAUGCCCGAAGCGGACGGCGCGGAGCGGUACGUGGCGCAGCUGCGCAACUUCAUUCCGUUCGGGUCGCGCCUGCGCACGGCUCUCGACAUCGGCGCGGGGGUGGGGGGAUUCGCGGUGGAGCUGCUGCGCCAGGGCAUGAUCACUGUGUCGCUCGGCCCGCGCGACGGGUUCCGCGGGCAGGCGCAGUUUGCGCUCGAGCGCGGGCUGCCCGCGCUGGUGGGCAUCCUGGCGACGAUGCGCCUGCCGUUCCCGUCGCUCGCGUUCGACCUCGUGCACUGCUCGCACUGCCAGGUCCCCUUCGGCCUCCCCAACGGCACGCACCUGUUCGAGGUGGACCGCGUGCUGCGCGCGGGGGGCUUCUUCGUGCUGGCGGGGCCGCCCGUGCGCUGGCCGGGCAGGGCGGCUGAGUGGCGCACGCUGCGCGAUAAGGCGCGCGCGCUGUGCUGGCGGCUGGUGCUGGUGGUGCCGCACGUAGCCAUCUGGCGGAAGAGCAGGGGGGUUGAGGUGGCGGGCGGAAGCGGGGGAAGCGGGGGGGAAAGAAGAUGGUGUCCUGGAGCCAAGGAAUAUAGAGAGGCGGAACAAGAGGGGGGCGGAACGGGGGAGAGGGAGAAGGAGGGAGGCAGUGAAAGGGAGGAGGUAGAGGAUUCGCAGGAGGGAGGGGCAGAGAGAAAGGAGGGAGGGGCGGAGAGAGAGGAGGAAGAGGCAGAGAGGGAGGAAGGAGGUGGGGAGAGGGAGGAAGGAGGGGCGGAGAGGGAGGAGUUAGGGAGUGAUGUAACAGGCGAGGAGGAGGGAGAGGUGAAGCGGGAGGAGGGAGAGGAGAAGCGGGAGGAGGAGGGAGAGGAGAAGCGAGAGGAGGAGGCGGGCGGAGGGGAGGGCGAGAUGGGCGCGGAGGUGUGUGCGGCGGACGACCAGCCCGACGCCGUGUGGUACUCCCCCUUGCAGCCUUGCGCCAUCCGCCCUCCCCCCUCCGCGUGGAGCCUCCCCCCCUGGCCGCAUCGCCUGUGGUUCGCCUCCCCCCGCAUCUACGACUCCCCCCUCAUGCACCCGCCCACAGAUCCGCCGCCCAACGCGGUGGAGGGGGGUGCUGGGGGAAAGGGGGAAGAGAAGGACAAGGGGAAGGUAAGGGAGAGCAACAGCACUGAGGCCCCUGUUGCUGCUGCUGCUGCUGCUGCCGCUGCGGCUGCUGGUGGUGUUGGUGGGCGGCGACUGCUCAGCUCUGAUGUGCAUGGCGCUGGUGGUGCUGCUCAUGGCGGGGAAGGAGGGGGAGGGGGAGGAGAGGGAGGAGGGGAAGGGGGAGGAGGAGAGGGAGGAGGGGAAGGGGGAGGAGGAGGAGAGGGAGGAGGGGAAGGGGGAGGAGGAGGAGAGGGAGGGGGAAGUGAGGCAGACAGGACUGAGAGAGCAGCGGCAGGGCAGGAGGGGGAGGAGGGCGACAUGCGCAAGGCGCUGAAGGCGGAGCAGCAGAAGUCACUCAUGAACGCAGCAACAUCGCAGUACAGCAAGCGGCAGGGCACGGCGCUCGCAGCACUGUCGCCGCGGCAGAAGCGCAUGAACAUGGAGAGCCGGCGCUGGGGCACCCGCCUGGCGCACUACGAGUCGCUGUUCCUGGGCGACCUGCUGGGCUACCAGGGCCGGCGGAAGCACCGCGAGGGCGCUGAGGGGGACGGUGGGGAGGCCAAGGGGGAGAAGAGCGAGGAGAAGGGGAGGAGCAAGGAGGAGAGCAGGCCGGGGAAGGUGCGGAACGUGCUGGACAUGAAUGCGGGGGUGGGGUCGUUUGCGGCGGCGCUGCAGGGGAGGGAGGAGGACGGGGAGGAGCGAGUGUGGGUGAUGAACGUGGUGGCGCUGAGCAGUAGACUCAACACCCUGGCAGCCGUGUUUGACCGCGGGCUCGUGGGCACCCUGCAUGACUGGUGUGAGGCGUUCUCGUCGUACCCACGCGCAUACGACCUCGUGCAUUGGCAAGGCGUCUCCUCCUCCUUCCACCCGGACCGAUGUGAUAUAGAUGACGUGAUUAUAGAGGUGGACCGGCUUUUGAGACCAGGAGGCACAGUGAUUAUAAGAGACCUGCCGGCCGUGCUGGAGGGCGUGCAGAGGGCUGCGAGGGCAGCACACUGGAACGUGACGGCCCACACACCAGAGAAGGGCAGCAGCAGAGAGCACCUGGUGGUGGCUCGUAAACCGCUGUGGAAGGUGGAUGCACGGGGGGUGAUUGAGAUUGUAGACGCUGAUUUGUAA